AUGGGCAAGUCUUCAUGUUUACGAGCUGAAGCAGAGAGUGAAUUUGGUAAUGAUUUACGAAGCUGUUCAAAAAUUUCUAGUGUGCAAGUGGCAAUGCGACAAGUGUUCUGCACUAAACCUCCAAGGGCUCAUCAUUGCAAGGCACUGAAAAUUGUGACCAGAGUUCUUGGUAUGUUAGGUCAUGAUAACGGGCUCUGCUUUACAAAGGAAUGGGAUAUCAGUGGAAAGCCUCAGCUUAAGAUUUUUUAUGUUGCUUGUGGGAUUGAUGGUUUCAUUGAGCUUAGCAUUUGGUACUCUCUUUGGUUGGCAUGUGUCCUCAUCUCUAAAAAUAUGACAACUAUAGAGUCCCAUGAAGCGGAACGAGCAGCAUGGUUGGCUCGGAAACUGGGCAGAGCUAUCGACAUCCAUUCAAACAGUGUGCAAGUUAGGCAAUGCGACAAGUGUUCUGCACAUAAACCUCCAAGGGCUCAUCAUUGCAAGGUUUGCAGAAGGUGUGUGUUGAGGAUGGAUCAUCACUGUCUGUGGAUUAACAAUUGUGUUGGUUAUCAGAACUACAAGGCGUUUCUUGUGCUUGUAUUUUAUGCUACUAUUGGAAGCCUGUACUCUACAGUCAUGAUAACGGGCUCUGCUUUACAAAGGGAAUGGGAUAUCAGUGGAAAGCCUCAGCUUAAGAUUUUUUAUGUUGCUUGUGGGAUAUUGAUGGUUUCAUUGAGCUUAGCAUUUGGUACUCUCUUUGGUUGGCAUGUGUUCCUCAUCUCUAAAAAUAUGACAACUAUAGAGUCCCAUGAAGCGGAACAAGCAGCUUGGUUGGCUAGGAAAUCUGGGCAGAGCUAUCGACAUCCAUUCAAUGUUGGUGUCUACCGAAACAUAACCUUGAUAUUGGGUCCGAACAUGCUCACAUGGUUAUAUCCCUUGGCAGUAAGCCAUCUCAAAGAUGGAACUAGCUUCCCCACACCACAGCAUAGUUUGUAGAACCUUUCUCGACUCCAUUCGGACCUCAUAAUCAGUGGUACCUUGCUUUUGUUAGCAAGUAUAAAAGAAAAUUUUGAUUCAUUCUUUCUGUCACUCGUUUAUCAAAGGCACAGAGAAGCAAAAGGAAGCAGCUGAGCAAUCAACUACAGUUCUUUCAUCAUAAACUCAGGAAAGUUAGCGCCCUAUUGGGUGAAGCAUGAAUUACAAUACUAGCAUAGGACUUCUAUAAAUAAAGAUGCAUAUAGAAAUUCUAGAUUGUAUACCGUCAUGUGUACUAGAUAGUCAUCAGUUUUCUUUUCUAAUUCAACCCCCCUUGUUUUAGCCAAGCACAUUGUUGCGACACAAACAACGUAAUUUUCUUCUUGAUGGAGAUUCAUGUUUGUAUUGUUUAUACUUUAUACAGAGGUUGAUUGGAUUUAA